ACACCGCGACACACAGACAACGCACACAGACAACACUCCCCCAUCCCUCCGCUAUCCCCACAAACCCAGGCGUAUCCCGGUGUUGCUCCCCGCCCCACCCCACCAUCCAUGGCUUGGACUCGGCAUUCCGGGACCCCAGAGCCCGAUGAGGACCCCGUGUUCGAUGAAGAGGGGGACGAGCGGGACGUGAGGCUGUUGGAGUGGCGAGGCCUCAUGGCGAAAAGAGAGAAGGAGGGCUACGUGGCCGGCCUGGAGCAAGGCAAGGAGGCCGCCCUGCAGAACGGCUUCAACCUGGGCUUCGGCCGAGCGGUCGAGAGGGCGUUUCACACGUGGCAGCUGAGUGGGGCGCUACGAGCGCUGGAGUCGUGGAACGAUCAGAACGCUGGUGCCUCGGACACAAGGAGAGAGCUCAAGGAACUGCAGGCUGCGUUUAGCGAGUUGGGACAGACCAUGAUGGCGUGCCUUGGUGCAGAGUGCGAUGGCACCAUGGAUGCUGACGACCUGGGCGAGGCCCUAGAGAGCAUGGACAUACAAUCUGCAGCACGCGAUGUGGAUUGUCCACCAGUAGUGGGCAGUGGCUUUGCCGACCCCUCGCGGACACAAGGCAUGGAUGCAUACUCUGAAGAGAACAAAAAUGAGUGCGAACCUCUGGAUUUCUGUAAAAGUGAGCUGGCAUCUGUCCACAAUUGCAAUGGGAGCGUUGGAUGGAAUGAAUUGCAGAUGAGAUUGCAGCAGCUACGCGAGAGGUGUGAAGCACUGCUGGGCCAAGCUGGACUGACUCGAGACAAUAUUGCACUGAUCUUGUGUGAACAUAUUGGAAAUUAAAUGCGAAUAGGACAAUGGACAACAUAGGAUGUUCUCUCUCACACGUGGUAAUUGAACAUAUUAAACAAUACUGAAGUGUAAAACAUUAAUUAGAUGGACAUUGUGUUUUUUAUAUUCUUGUGAUACAGCUCUCCAAGACUGCAUGAGUGAAAAGAGCCGGGUGUUUUUUUUUUCCACAUCGGACUUUUUUUUUUAUUGGCGACAGGUUGUGAAGCAGUCAUUUUGUUUCGAGCAAGUUUGGAACUGAAAUUGUGUGAUUUGCCAUAUCUACCGUAAAAUUCGGAGUAUAAAUAUAAUCAAAUAUACAUUAACACUGAAAAUGUGCCAAGUUUAAAUGCGAAAAGCAAUAAAAAUUAAUUGGAAAAUC